GAUCUUAUACUUAGCCUCUGGCUCUACUGCUCCAGCUCAAGCAAUCAUUGUUACAUCUCUUAAUUAACCUGCUGAAGGUAAUGCUUGCUGGACUAAUACCAGUAUUUGAGGGUUGUUCUCUAAUCCUUCUCACGCUCUGAAUUGCUGUCAUUAUUGUUAUGUCUUAAUCCAAUAAUCAACUGUCAUAGAAUCGCCGGAAAUACAAAACCAGUUAUUUCCACAACAUUCAAGUCUCAGAGUUGAUACGUGAAAUCUAAUACCACAUCUAGCUUUAUCUAGCAGCUCUCAUGACAUUUCACUGACAGACCCCCGCUUAUUAUUUUGUAACAGAUUUUUUACUUCUUGUGAUUAUAGUGGAGUUCAAUCUGCACGUUAAAUUGACGUUCGCUUUUAGUAAUCACUAGUGAUUUGAAGUGUCAAUUUGAUUGAUCAGCAAUGCUCGCAGAAUUGCUGCUUUGACAUUCCAGUGCGAUCCCAUGAGCACAGAAUACCAAGAAAAUGGAGAUGUUACCAUGGUACCAUCAUUCUAUAUCACUGACUACGAAGAUAGUGACAAUGAUACCAUGGUUCCAUCAUUUAAUAUCACCGACUACAACGACAGUAGAAAUGUUAACAUUAUACCAUCACUAUAUAUCACUAAGUCCCGAAAAAGUUCAGAAGACAGUAACAAUAGCAACGCCAGUAGCACAGGCUCUAUAAACAGUUCCAUGUCGUUUAUAAGUCAACACGAUCCUCACCAGAUCAUGAACAGCUGUGAGAAACUGAUACUAAAGUUGUUGAAUGACAGUCAGAGAUUGAACAGCAGGUUAAAGAAACUCGAGCUGAGAGCUGGCCUAGUGGAGGACCAGCUACCGUCGUUCCAGAGAUGUGCCUCAUUUCCACAGACAAUAACAGAACACCCUUCAGAAGCAGAAUGUAGUUCUGACAUGGCUACUGUGAACUACCCGUGAAACAUUCUUAACUCUACACUGUCAAGUUAAUAUGUCAAUCUGAGUGGAGAGGUGACUCUCAACUGAGCGAAGACUCUCAACCAUGAGUGGAGACAACCAAAGACUCUCAUUUAGUCUACAUUAGGACUUUCGGAAGUUAACAUGACAUGGGUAAGGUAUAUUAUGACAAUGCGAAGAUGAUCGAUGUGACGAGAAAUAAAAUGUUAUUCAGAAUCGAAGAGAAGUUGUUGAGUAAGUGGUACUCUGCUAAGGACGAAGGAGGUAUCAGAACACGACUCAUGGAUACUGUUUAUUAUAGAAUCAAUUAAGUUAAUUUAAAAAAUCGCUUCCAAGUUCCAAGAUAAAGUGUUUAAGGAUUUGUUGAUGAAAAUAGGAUUUUAUGCCUAAUUUUACAACAUAGGCG